CACGUUGUGUUUUCAUCCCGCCCCUCGCACAUAUACUAAACCGGCGGAAACCUCCCGGGUAUGUGCGCUUUUGUUUUCGUUUAGUAUUGGUUUCUUAGGAGGUUAUUCUCUCGUCCUGCCUCGAUGGAUAACUUUAUGUUGCGCGGUGUUUUAUGUGUGUCAGCUCUGUGUGUGUUGAGCUCGGCAGUGCGUGGACGCAAUGAUGUGCUCGAGCUCAAAGACGAAGAUUUCGAGUACAUCGCGCCCGAGCACGAGACCCUGCUGGUGAAGUUUUAUGCCCCAUGGUGUGGUCAUUGUAAGAAACUUGCUCCUGAGUUUGAAACUGCAGCUACACGACUAAAGGGAACAGUAACUUUAUCCAAGGUGGACUGUACUGCUAAUACAGAGACAUGUAAGCGCUAUGGGGUCACUGGAUACCCAACACUCAAAAUAUUAAGGAACGGACAGGAAUCAUCAUCAUAUGAUGGCCCACGCUCAGCUGAUGGAAUCGUGAACUAUAUGAAGAAACAGGCCGGGCCUGAUUCUGUGCCUCUGCAUAGUGAGCAUGACCUGGAGAACUUCAUCAACAACUUUGAUGCCAGCAUAGUUGGAUUCUUCUCAGGAACUGACAGUUCUCAACUCUCUGAGUUUCUCAAAGGAGCAAGUUUAAUGAGGGAGAGUUUCCGUUUUGCCCACACCACGGACCUGGAGCUCGGAAAGAAAUAUGAGGUCAAAUUUGAGUCUGUGCUUCUGUUCCGACCCCCCAGACUGAGCAGUAAAUUUGAGGAGAGUGUGGUUCACCACACAGGACCCCUGUCCAUCACAGACCUGCGCCGCUUCAUCAGAGACAACAUUUUUGGACUCUGUCCUCACCUGACCAAAGAGAACAAGGAUUCAUUGAGGAAGAGGGAUUUACUGACGGCCUACUAUGACUUAGAUUAUCUUCGCAAUCCCAAAGGCUCCAACUAUUGGAGAAACAGAGUGUUGAAGGUGGCAUCUAAGUUCAGUUCUCAGGCUCUGCUGUAUUCUGUGGCAAACCGUAAUGACUUUCUGGAGGAGCUGGAGGAUGAGUUCGGUCUGGGGGCAUUGGACACUACUGAGCUGCCGUUUGUCACCAUCAGGACAAGAACAGGAAACAAAUACACCAUGCGAGAGGAGUUCACACGAGAUGGCAAGUCUUUAGAGAAUUUUCUAGAAGACUAUUUUGCUGGGCGACUGAAGCGUUACGUCAAAUCAGAGCCUGUGCCAGCCAAAAACAAUGCAGCCGUCAAGGUGGUUGUGGCAGAUACAUUUGAAGAGAUCGUCAAUGACCCAGAGAAAGACGUGCUUAUUGAGUUUUAUGCUCCGUGGUGUGGCCACUGUAAAGAACUGGAGCCCAAAUAUAAAGAGCUUGGAGAACAGUUAUACAGUGAUCCCAAUAUUGUAAUCGCCAAGAUGGAUGCAACUGCCAAUGACGUCCCACAGGGCUAUGACGUGCAAGGAUUUCCUACGAUCUACUUUGCAGCUGCUGGCCGGAAAGAUGAGCCAAAACGAUAUGAGGGAGCCCGUGAAGUGAAGGAUUUCAUCAACUUCCUGAAGCUCGAGGCAUCCAAACCUCUUGUUCUAAAUGGAGUCAAAGAGGAGCUGUAAUCAUUAAAGGGAAAAUUGGUGUUUGUUGGGGAACACUGUUCAGGAAGACAGGAACAGUUGAGCCAUACAGAUCACAUCAAAUACAUUGGCAAUAAUCAGUAAAAUAAAACCAGUUGUAUAGCACGUAAGGAUCUAAUGUUUAUAUUGUCCAUGUGAUAGAAAAAGUGCAGAUUGCUGCUUAUGUUGAAAAGCCAUUUUUGUUGUUUAAUCAUUUUGUUCUUUGUUGCAGUUUGAUUUUUUUUGUGUGUGUGUGUUAAUUUUGUUUGACAUUUAAAUGAAGCUCUCUGUUCAGUAAGCACUACUCACUGAUGAGCAGAAAA